AGUGCUGUCCAGCUGCAUAAUGAAUGUGCGAAGGAGUACAGAGUAUUAUGUAUCUACUGUCACAUCAGAAGCUACAUUGUCUCGUCAUUCGUGAAGAAAGACACGUACUGAAACAUCUCCACCCAUGGCAUAUAACAAUAAAUUACCCCUUCAAUGGAAUGUGGAUGUGCAUUAUGCUCUAAUUUUUUCGAAAUCGUGGUGUGAAGCAUUAGGCAUCUGGCCAUGGCGAGAUAAUGAAAUUUUACGUAGCGUGCACACUAGUAUUAUUUGUUUAAUGAUGAUCAUUGACGGAGCACUAUCAUUCAUCCAGUUACUGACGAAGGGUGCUUGUGGAGUAAUAAACGAUUUAAUGAAUACCUUAAUCAGUCUCCUGGUAUCUUCCACAGGAACCAUUAAAAUUUUUACUCUUUGGCUCCAUCAAGAAGAUCUACGUUAUAUUAUUUCAUCAACAAUUGAUGAUUGGUUGAAUAUCAAAGGGAAAAAAUCAUUAGAAAUCAUGCACCAGUAUGCAUAUUGGGGUCGUUUAGCUUUUAUACUGCAAACUGCUCCAAUAUUUAUAGCUUUAGGAUUGAUAAUAUGGAUUGAUCCUCUAACAAUGAAAAUUGACAAUUCAGAAACUAAUGGCUCACGGAUAAGACACGUGAUACUGGCACCUUCGUGCUGGAUUUCAAAUGCCAUGCCUCUGAAUGUUUACUUGCUUUACUACUGCUUCAAUCUAAUUAAUAUUACUACCAUAGCAUUCAUCUAUGCAGGAUGCGAUGCCUUCAUGUUUAAUAUUACCUUGCAUAUCUGUGGUCAGUUUGAAAUACUCGAGGCGAAUAUGGAGAACUUCGCUGUUGAGGAUGAUUAUUCAACACACACAAAUAAAAUUAGAGAAUAUUCAAGACGACAUAAUCACUUGAUUCAAUUGGGCAGACGUAUGGAUAGUGUCGUCAAUGUCAUCAUCCUCUCGGAAAUCCUGAGCAAUACUAUUCUCAUUUGCGCCUCAGGAAUUGGAGUUCUGGUGAACAUGAAAGUGGGAAAUAUGAACAGCGUAGUAAUAAGUUGGGCAACAAGAAUAUAUAUUUUAUACAUACAAUUAUUCAUAUAUUGUUAUGUUGGUAACAAAUUAUCAAGCCACGCUGACACACUGCGAGGUAUCAUAUACAAUUGUUCGUGGUAUAAUAUGUCAACGCAUAAUGUUAAAGAUCUGCAAUUUAUGAUAAUGCGUAAUAAUGACUUCUGCCAUCUAACAGGAGGCAAAAUCGUAAUCAUGAACUAUGAGACUUUUACAAAAAUCAGUAAAAAUGUAUUCUCUUUCUUUUCUAUUCUCAGAAUCAUACUCGAGUCGAAUUGA